AUGGCGCGAACAAGACCUCCAAACCCGCCCGCCCCUAGUAUAACUGCUACCCAUGUCGAAUCCUCCAACAUCCAACAGACAAGACGGGGAAUACCGAUUACUGGAACCCUAAGGCUACGAGGUGAGGCAACGGCCACAGAGGAGAGCCCUGCCGAACGGAGACAUAUACGAUGGGCUGAAGACGUUGUCGACAACGAAGGACAAGGCAAAAAGAGCUCAAAAGUCUGUUGCAUAUAUCAUAAGCCCCGAGAGGUUGGCGAAAGCAGUUCAGAGUCAGAUUCUUCCGACUCCGACUCUUCCGAGAGCAAUAGCGACAGCGAAAUCGAUAGUGGAGAAGCAAGAAUGACCAACAGCCGCUCUCCGAGACGUCAUUUACACAAUCAUGAUCAUGGUGGCAGUGAGCAUUCAGGUCACGGCAGAAAACGACCAAAAACGAAACCAAAGGUAAACGCUUAUGAGCGGGUGCCGAAGUAUAACGAAAAACGGGAAGGCACUGGGAAAGGCCCUUGA